UGGGCUACAUGAGCGCCGGCUGCGCCCUGGGAUGGACGUCGCCGACGCUGCCCCUGCUGGAGAGCAGCCACUACAUCGAGCUGACGGAUGCCGAGGAGGCGUGGGUGAGCGCGCUGACGCCCUUGGGAGCGGCCCUCAGCCCUCUGCCGACGGGACUGCUGGCGGGCUGGCUGGGGCACAAGGUCACCCUCACCUGCACGGCGGCGCUGUACCUGGGCGGCUGGGGCGCGAUCGCCGCCGCGCGCUCCGCCGAGGUCCUGUACGCCGCCAGACUCGUCCUCGGGAUCGCCAACGGCAUCUCCUUCACGAUCUGCCCCACCUACAUCGGGGAGAUCUCUCAGGUGAAGGUGCGCGGCGCGCUGGGCUCCAUGGCUCAGCUCAUGUCCACCGCCGGCUUCCUGUACCAGUACGUGGUGGGUCCGUGGUCCAGCUACGUGGCGCUGGCGGUCGCCUCGGCCGCCAUACCGGCGCUGCUGCUCGUGGGGUCGCUCUUCAUCCCCGACUCACCGUACCAGCUGCUGAGGCGCGGCAGGAGGGCGGAGGCCAGGCGCGCCUUCCUCUGGCUGCGCGGCAAGAGGGAUGACUCUACCGGCGGCGACGAGUUCCGGGACAUGGAGAGCGAGGUGGCGGCGAUGCUGAAGCAGGAGUCCUCGGUGAGGGACCUGGUCGCCAACCGAGCCACCAUCAGGGCUCUCCUGGUCUCCCAGGGCCUGGUGACCUUCCAGCAGCUCAGCGGCAUCAACGCCGUGCUGUUCUUCGCGCAGAAGAUCCUCGGCAUGAGCGUGAGCGCGCUCAGCCCCAGCGUCGCCACCAUCGUGGUGGGCUCCGUCAUGCUGGCGGCCUCCUUGGUCACUCCUCUCAUCGUGGACCGCUCCGGCCGCAGGGUGCUGCUGCUGCUGUCGUCCGUGGGGAUGACCGUCUCCCUGGUUGUACUCGGGGCAUUCUUCUACAUUACGAAUACAGGCACAGACGCCUCCAGCUAUGGAUUUGUCCCCACGCUGUCUUUGGUUUUAUACAUCAUUGUAUACUCAAUAGGAUUCGGCCCGCUGGCGUGGGCGGUUUCGGCCGAGCUGUUCGCGCCCAUCGUCAGGAGCAAGGCGGCUUCGCUGACGGCCACCACCUGCUGGGUGCUGUGCUUCCUCGUCACCUUCUUCUUCAACAGCCUCGUGGAGCUGUUCGGCAGCCACGUGGUGUUCUGGACCUUCGCCGCCUGCUGCACCGCGGCGGGGGUGUUCGUGUACUGCCUGCUGCCGGAGACCAAGGGCCGGACCCUGCGGCAGAUACAGGAGCUGCUGGAGGGCUGAGCUCACACGCUCCUGCUCAGAGUGCUCGGCUGGGGCUCACACACUCCUGCUCAGAGUGUUAGACUUCUGGCUCACAGACUCUCCUGCUACAAGAGCUCGGCUUGAAGCCUCACACACUCCUGCUACAAGAGCUCGGCUUGAUGCUCACACACUCCUGCUCAGAGUGCUCGGCUUGAAGCCUCACAGACUCCUGCUACAAGAUCUCAGAGCACGUGGGUAGACGAGUAAGAUCUCUGGUGGAUGCAUGUUACCAGCACAGUAGUGCACCUACUGGGAAACGCUAGUCGAUUGUGAUCUUCUAGGAAUAACUAAGCGAUCCUUCUCUAAAAAGGUCAUAAUUUAUCAACGAGAUGAAAAUUUCAGAUUAACCGUCUGUAAGGUUAAAAAAAAUGCCAAAAUGAUUCUUUGAAGAUCGCCCACGAAACCAGAAGACAUUUAUCACCUCGGUUGAAAACGUUUAGAAAUUUAUUUUAUAAUGGGUUUAUGUGACCAAGGAAAUCACUUAAUGUGUGCGUGUGUUUCAGGUUUUAACUUGGCAGAAUUAAAACAUAAGUUCAUUUAGCCCUCCCAAUAAAACUAAUUAAUCCAUUUGUGGACACAAAUACAGAACUAUGACACUAUCGAUGUUUCAAAGUAUGGUCAUCUUCGACUGUGGCAUUGACUUGGAGGUUAGAUAUCUCAUGGACAAUGAAACUUUGAUAUUCUACUGUGAGUAUGCUCUAUGUGCUUUAAAACACUACGAUGAUCUGAUGAUAUUUAUUAUCAUUUUAUAUGCUUAAAUCAUUCAUUCGGUCACAAAGAUAACGCUGCAUCUUUAAUCGUGCCAAAGAUUCUGUUGAUAUGUGACUGAGAUGGAAAAAAAAAUAUAUAUAUAUAUAUUGUGUUUUCGAAUGUGAAUCAUAACCAUGUUUGUAAGUAACGUUACACCAGAGCCACAAAAUUACCGAUGGUUGAUUUUGUUAAUCAUGAAUGUAAUCUUAAGUAUAAUAAAGAAAUGUUUAUAUCCA